CGGCAUUCCGUCAUGAAGCAUAGCUGCGAUGUACCUCAGAUAUGAGUGCGAAUCUACCAUAUUUUUCUUUUCAUAUUGGACGCUCAAAUGAAGCACCUCACUGCGGCGGUUCGACCACUGUUUACAUCGGGUUAAAUCCGGCCCCUCGUCCCAAUGCCUUAUCCUCGUCCGGUCUCCCCGCUUUCUCUCGAGGUACUCUCGCCAUCUGCCUCUGAUCCGGAUGUCGAUGGAGCUAUUGGGUCUGAUGAUGAGCUAGAUGCCUCAGCUCGUGCUGCGAAACGUCGGAGGAUUGAGAAACUUGCGGAGGCCUACCUCCAAGGAUCACAGCUUUUCAUCCUCUCCGCCUCUCUAAAAGGGCCGUUUGGGAAGGGAUGGAAGAAUCCUUGGAAAAAGGAUAGGAAAUGGAAUGCGCAUUUGAGCUACUGUCGCGACACCCCGCAAGGGAGCAUCAAUAACUCGGAGAUCGCCGUUGUGCAAGAGACAGAACCCCAUGAAAGGAGAGAUGAUGCUGCUUCUCAAAGGAACUUGCACCGCCCAAGACCGCAUGCAGUUGAAUUGGAAUUUGACCCUACAAGCUCCUACCAAUGUGGAAAGUCACUGGCGAACCAGAACUCCAAAUACGAGUCGUCUGGGGAUGAUGCCCGCCGUCGAACCUCGACAACAACUCUUCAACGCAAGUCGAAAAGGUCAUUGUCCCACAUGAUUGGGGCCCAGGACUAUACCCCCAUACAUAGAGAGGAACAUAGCUGGCUGAAAAAGGCUCGAACGCGAACCGGCAUUCGGAAUCUUGAUCCUCCAACCUCGCCAUCGAGAGCCGUUGCUACGAGACAGUUAGAUGUUAAAGAUCGCCGCGAACGCGAAGUCUCCUUGGCCAAGAGGUCACCGUUAAUUUCUCGCACCCAUCGGUCUGAAUCUAUUCGAGCUGAUGAAGCCCCGUUGCCCACAAGGUCUUCGUCCGCCCAGCAACGUGUUUCACACUCAGAUUCGUUCGUUAAAUCGCCCUCUGCGAUAAAUGCAGGAUCUUCUCUCCAUGUCACUUCUUCAUCUCAUCUGCCCACGUUUGAAUACCGCCGGCUAAGAAAUGCCAUUGCUGCGGAUAAUCGACGUUCAAAAUCUCCAGGAGUCUCAGAUCUGGAUGUCGACAAUAUCAACACUGCGGUUGCUGUCGAAGCUCUUAAAAGGCGAGACCCUCCCGUAGUCGUUGCAGAGGAACCGUCGGUAUGCAACGUGGGAACUGACCUAGCAGCGAGCGAAGAGCAGCGUCAACGCUCUAUAACUGACCGGGACGUAUCCAAGGGUUCAAAACUCAAAGAUAGCCGCUCGGUUUCAUUUCUGGGUGCAAAUAAGCCACCCAGUAAUACUACAAGCGAAAGAUUCCCGUCAGGUCAAGGAGUCCCUGGGAAUCCGAACUUGGCUGAUUUUGUCACUUCUUUGCACUCGACGGCACUACCAGGAGGUAAUUCUGAUUAUGACGGAGAUACAAGUCCUGAGGCACAAUUUUCCACCCAGGCAGCUGUUCUGCUGGCGCAACGAUCCUUCCAGAAUGCCAUCGACAGCCCUGAACUCAAUUCCCUAUCUGCAUCCAAAAGAAAUCUCCCAGUUAACUCGCCUUCCUCCAGCACAUCGCACCCGCAAGCUAUCACUCCAUUCUCUCAAAUCAACGCUCGCCGGUCACAACCAACCGCGGGAGAUGCCUUGCAGAUGAUGAGCACACAAUGCAUGAUUGAUGCAGUAACCCCUUUUACGUUCAGCACAGAAAAGAAACAAUAUCGCCAUGUCGGGACCCUGUCAGAAGCUGUAACAUCGAGUCACAAAAGGCGGAAAGGCCCAGACUCUGCCGCGUCUUCACAACGUUUGCACGAAAACAGUUCUUCGCCGCCAGAAAAUCGCAUGGGGGCAGAAUCUGUUACGUCCUGGGCCAAUUCCAUCACACGGAGCAUACCGGAUCAGUACCCAGAUGCAAACGAUGACGGUGAUUAUACAGAGUUAAUGGGGUUGCCGUUGACAUUAACCGGAACAACGCCUCCCACAGCACAGGACGCUCAAAACGGCGGUGACAGUUUCAAUCUCAGUCAAGCCAUUGCCGAUGCCGGAAGCUGGUUGCGGCAGAGUUGGGACUUCACCAGAGAUUUGAGGAAGAGUGGCACAACUGGACCACCUUCGUCUACUGCCGCUUGAGAUGCUUUUUGGGCAUGGAUCAAAUACACUACUGAUUAAGUGCAUAUGAUUGCAGUAUAUCUAUCUCCAGCUGACUUAUUGUUACCUUCGUGUUCCCUGCACUCUCGAAGCUGGGCAUCCUCUGCUCUAAUAUCUUUGCUUUAUAUUUCUUAAAUGUUCAUCUAUCAUCUUUCUAGCCUUUCAUUCAUUUUCUAUGAUAAAUGUGCAGUGCAAUACCCUAGCAUAGGAAAUGGCGUUUUCACGGCGAUUAUGACAUGUAGAUUUAUGUAAAGGUAGAAGCUGCUGGCAGAGUCUCCACCAGCUGAAUGUAUGAAAGAUUGACCACUGGCUAAAUUGAGAACUCUUUGGCUGAGACAGA